AUGGGGAAAUCGUCUCUGAUCAGCCGCGCUUCUUUUCCCAUAAACACCAGACAUCCCACCACCAUCGCGACAUACUCCCCUCACAACGAGCUCGGCGCCGACAUGACCCAAGACAAGUCAACCAUGGCGUGCCCUUUGUUCCGCCUCCCCCGCGAGCUGCGAGACCUCGUCUACUGGCACUAUCUCGUCGUCCAGGACGGGUACCUCUGCGAUCAAGAUACCUUCGCGACCGGCAAGCUCAAACGGGCCGACGGCCAGCCCCGAUCCUCCCUCGACCUCGCCCUCGUCUACACCUGCAAGCGCAUCGCCCACGAGCUCGACCGCGGCGGCCUCGCCCUCGCCCUCAACACAAUCACCUUCACCACCCUCUACUCGGACCACCUCACCAUCCGCGCACACGUCUUCGGAAGCCUCGUCGUCGACGGCCUCGGCUACCUCAGAACCGCCAUGCUCAACUCCCUCGCCCCAAGCCUCCCCGAGCAAGCUGUCGCCCACAUCCGCGCCGCCUACCCGCAGUUCGCCCCGCUCCUGCAUGGCCUCCGGUCCGAACGCCCUCCCGUGCCCUCCCUCUCGCGCGUCGCCAACUGGCACCUCAUGAACACCCGCCACGGCCCCUACGGCGAGACCCCCUCCGUCUACCGCGACUUUGUCAGACACGCCCUGCGCGUCGCCGUCGACAACCCCGAAGUUGUCCCCGCCAUCCGCGCCUGGCUCCCUCCCUGCCCCUCGGAAGCAUACACGGACGUUUUCGACCCGCGUUAUUGGUAUCCCCACGGAAUCAUCGGAAACACCACCGAGCCCUGGGACAUACCGUCGCCAGCGGAGUUGGCCACCCUGGAGGCCUCGCUCUCCGCCGACCGCCAUAUCAAGGAGAUCAUCGCCCAGAACGACAGGUCCAAGUACCGCUUCUCCGCCGCCGCCGCCGCCAUCCACUUCCUGCGGUCCGCCCCGCACCACACGCGCAAGCACAUGCGCAAGGUCGUCCUCCGCGAAGACCACGAGGCCGUCGCCCACCCCGAGUCCCACGCUCUCGGCCUCGUCCCCUUCUGCCGGGAGUACCCCCUCCUGCGCAUCGAGCGGCGGGUCAGCCUCUGGACGAACGUCUUUCUGCCGGAUCUGAGGUACCCGACCCCCGCGGAACGGUGUGGCCACGUCGGUACCCGCAGCACCCCGAGCCUCCUGCACUCGGACCAGAUAACUGGCAACCUGGCCCCCUGGGUCAUGGAGGCCGCGGCGCUCGGCCCGGCCGGCAUGCCCCCGGGUUCCUUCUCGCUCGUCCUCGCCGACGACGGCGUCCCCGAGCUGUGCACCCAGAUAUUCGACUGCGUCGUGCACCGGGACGUGGCCUGGCAGCAGGCCUGGGUCGCGUCGGUGGGCGACGGCCUGUCCUGGCCCGAGCGUAGAGGCCAGGACGUCUUCAGGUACGGCCGCCCGCAUCCCCGGGCCAUCAUGUCCUACCGCGAGCCCCAAACCCACGAGGACCGACCGGGCUUCUGGGGGUACUUUUUCGAAGACUUUCCCCAGGCCGUGCGGGACAUGGUUGACGGAACGUCGAACGUCCGCUGCGAAUUCUUCCCGGGAACCCCGUGGGACGUCGCGGAGCUGAUCGUGCAAGCGCGGACGUGGGGCCCGCGUGCCUGGGAGAAGGAAUGGUUCAAGCACAGCCCGGCCCACUGGGAGACGGCGCCGCCGCUUCCCAACUGGGAGGCGAUCCUCAAGGGAGAACUGAAGGAGCAGCUUACGGAGCGCGAGCUCAGGUGGAAUGAGAUCUUUGGGGCUCAGCCCGGUGGUCCUCGGCUUUAUUAG